CGGUAACAUUGAAUUUGAUGCACGGCAGUCUGAUCUUGAGCGACUUUUUAGAAGAUAUGGCAGGGUUGAGAGGGUGGAUAUGAAGUCUGGAUUACUUGGAAUGUCCAUGCUCUUCUUGGGUGGAUGUACUUCUCUGCAUUUCUUUUCUAGCAUGUGCCCAAGCUUCAUCUUCUUGUAUUUUUCCAGAAGAAUUAAUCUGAUCUGCCCUAGCCCUGCCAUCCUACACUACCUCAGAUACCAUUGCUUUUUCAUUCCUCAUGAUUUUUGCUCAGUGUUCAGUUUCCGACACGUUUCAACAUAGAAAUCAUGAUGAUUUUCAGCCAGUGGCAGGGUUUGCUUUCGUCUAUAUGGAAGAUGAACGAGAUGCUGAGUAUGCAAUUCGAAGACUUGACAGGACAGAAUUUGGUCGAAAGGGCCGCCGACUUCGUGUUGAGUGGACCAAGCAUGAACGUGGCAUUAGAAGGCCUGGUGGUUCAAGAUCUUCAGCUAGCACGCGACCAUCAAAAACCUUGUUUGUCAUUAAUUUUGACCCAAGUUAUACGAGAACAAGGGAUCUAGAGAGGCACUUCGAUCAAUAUGGAAAAAUAUUGAACAUAAGGAUUAGAAGGAAUUUUGCAUUUAUUCAGUAUGAGUCACAGGAUGAUGCUACCAAAGCAUUGGAUGCAACGAAUAUGAGUAAGUUCAUGGAUCGGGUCAUUUCAGUGGAAUAUGCAGUUCGAGAUGAUGAUGAUAAAAGAAAUGGCUAUAGUCCUGAUAGAAGAGGCCGGGACAUGUCUCCUGAUAGGAGAAGCUAUGAUCGUGUGCGAUCCCCAAGUCCAUAUCGUAGGAAUAGGGAUAGCCCAGACUAUGGCCAUGGAUCAAAUCCAAGUUCCAGACCUGAAACAAGGGGAAGUCCCAAGUUUGAAAGACCUGAGAGCCCAGUCAAUGGGAGAUAUGACAGCCGUUCACCACCACCACGGGAAAGAUCCCGUUCCUGAACAGAGGCAGAAUAAAAGUUCCAGUCAGAUGGUUGGUAGGUUUGCUUUUUCUUUCACUUUGUAGUCUGUUGUUUGGUUGCAGACAUUGCAGGGCUCAGUUAUCUACUUGUUAUUUGUAUUUUUGUACGGUAAUUGUGAACUUCCAUAUGCUUUUGAAUUGGUUAGCAAGUUUAACAUAGUGGUCACAUCAA